UUUUGUUCAAUUGGCUUACGUGUUGGCUAGCAAAAGCUCGUCCUAGCUACGAUAUGCUAUUUAUAUCCGUUUAUUAGAUUUAAUCUUAAGUGCGACCUAACUGAGAGCGAACUUGUUAAAAUAAUUUCUUACGUCCACCCUGUUACUUUUAAAUUUAAAAAAAUACAUUGAGCGAGCAAAAAUUUACCAUCAAGUUGAGAAGCUGGUUACUGAAAAGCACUGAAAAAGGAAAAUAGAUUUUUCUGAUGAUUAUUUGUAAUUAAACUUGGGAACAUUUCGAGACGAUUCAAAGUGGAAGAUAUAAGAGGCCGACGACCGUUCUUGCAUCAUUAAGUUUCAAUCGUUCAAAGAAGCGGCACCCAUUUUUUGUGUAUACCUGUUAUUCGUCACCAAAAAAUUGUGUUUUAUUUUUACGUAAUUGAAAUGCGUGAGUGUAUAUCUAUUCACGUCGGUCAAGCUGGCGUUCAAAUUGGAAAUGCUUGUUGGGAACUUUAUUGUUUGGAGCAUGGGAUACAACCGGACGGACAAAUGCCAUCAGAUCAGUUUGGCGGCGAUGAUAGUUUUAGUACUUUCUUCAGCGAAACUAGCUCUGGAAAACAUGUGCCCAGGGCAGUAUUUGUUGAUUUGGAACCUACAGUAGUAGACGAAGUCCGAACUGGGAUAUACAAGCAUCUUUUUCAUCCGGAACAAUUGAUCACUGGCAAGGAAGAUGCAGCAAAUAAUUAUGCUCGUGGUCAUUACACAGUUGGCAAAGAAAUUGUCGACUUGGUUAUUGAUCGAGUGCACAAAUUGGCGGAUCAAUGUACCGGGUUACAGGGAUUUCUUAUUUUUCAUUCGUUCGGCGGUGGUACUGGAUCAGGAUUUGCUUCUCUGUUAAUGGAGCGUCUUUCCGUUGACUAUGGAAAAAAGUCCAAGUUAGAAUUUGCCAUAUAUCCAGCUCCGCGAGUUUCUACGGCAGUUGUUGAACCCUACAAUUCCAUUCUUACUACUCAUACGACUCUUGAGCAUUCAGAUUGUGCUUUUAUGGUUGAUAACGAAGCAAUCUACGAUAUCUGCCGACGUAAUCUGGAUAUCGAGAGACCAACUUACACCAAUCUUAAUAGAUUAAUCGGACAGAUUGUCUCUUCAAUAACAGCUUCAUUGCGAUUUGACGGUGCUUUAAACGUAGACUUGACCGAGUUUCAAACGAAUUUAGUUCCUUACCCAAGAAUUCAUUUUCCUUUGGUUACGUAUGCUCCUGUAAUAUCCGCUGAAAAAGCAUAUCACGAGCAACUCUCAGUCGCAGAAAUCACUAACGCAUGCUUUGAGCCAGCGAAUCAAAUGGUCAAAUGCGAUCCCAGGCACGGAAAGUACAUGGCUUGUUGUAUGUUGUAUAGAGGAGACGUUGUCCCAAAGGAUGUGAAUGCUGCGAUCGCUAUGAUCAAAACGAAGCGAACGAUACAGUUUGUCGAUUGGUGCCCCACCGGAUUCAAAGUUGGUAUAAAUUAUCAACCACCAACGGUUGUACCGGGUGGAGAUCUAGCCAAGGUGCAACGUGCUGUUUGCAUGUUAUCUAAUACAACGGCUAUUGCUGAAGCUUGGGCUCGUCUUGACCAUAAAUUUGAUCUCAUGUAUGCUAAAAGAGCUUUUGUUCAUUGGUACGUUGGUGAGGGCAUGGAAGAGGGUGAAUUUUCUGAAGCCCGUGAGGAUCUUGCAGCUCUUGAAAAGGACUAUGAAGAGGUUGGAUUAGAUUCAACUGAUGUGGAAACAGAUAACGACGAAUACUGAAUAUUUUCCUCCCAUUCUUUAGUUCUUCUGUCCAUUCUUCAUUAAUGUUCUCGAUUCGAUUCAUCAUCUAAUUUCGAUUCUCGCACCUCUUCUUUAUCUUUUCUAAAAUUUCUACUCCCCGAGAAAUCUUAAGCAUAUAAAUAAAUUUGAUAUUACAAGAAGAAAAGACAAUUGUAUAUAAAUUUUGAAAAGAAAGUAUAAUGUUCUGUUAUAAGAGAUAUGAUUAAAAAAUAUACAUGAUAUAUAUAUGUAUAUGAGACGCAUAAUGUACUUACAUACAAUAACUUGACUAGGGGCGGCACAAGAGGGAAUAAGGAUAUAUUUGGAAUAAAGAAAUUGAAAAUGAGAAGGCAAAAUCAUACAUAAGGAUUUAUCCCAGAUAUUUUCUCGUCAAUCAGAGACGUAUUUCUUUUGUUUUGUUUUAUUGCAUUACACAAACGGGGCUGGGGAGGCAAAAUUAAAUAGCGGAUUAAAUAGUUCAGCGCGACGCUUUAACAAAUUAAAAACGUAAAAACAUUAACAGUACAAUAUAGUUUCUUAUCGUACUUAGACGUAAUGCGAUGGCAGUCUUGAGUCCUGGAAAGAUGCUGUGAUUGUUGCACGGUUAUUUCAAUUUGAAAUUUUCUAUGUUCUAUUUCCUAUUUUCUAUUUUCAUUCGUCUCCGGUAUAUGCAUUUUUUUUUUUUUUUUUUGACUCGUUUUGCGAUCUUCGACUCUUCUCUGUCUCGCGACUUAAUCUUCAUUCGAUAAUUGUUCUUUUAUUUGCGAUAAGCUUUAGCUCGUGGCAGUGUCUGGAAAAUAGAAAAUCGAAAGGGAAACCUUUCAUAAAGUACGAUUCGCAAUAACGCCAAUUCUCAUUAUUUACUUUCUCAUUAUUUGUAUUUGUGAUGCAUCAUAAAACAAAUAUCGAGUAAACAGUAGGAUUUUCAAAAAUCAGUGAACAAAAGAUGAGUUGCACAUAGUUCCGAACAAUAAUAUGUUAUCGUAAUAAAUAAAUAAAUACCGUCAUAGCAAUCAUGAUUUUCUAACUGGCGACUAUAAAAUAUGAAAUCUAAGAUUGCUGCAACUAUGCAAAUUACAGUAGCAUCAAUAGCCCUUCUACACUAUAAUAUAGUAGUAAUAAUAAUGACAUAUUCUGACAUAGAAAUUUCCAGCCUACCUUUCUUCUUUGAACUUCUUACAACUAGUAUUUCCUCAGUAUGGAAAUUAAUGAUACAGGUCGCAAAAUAAUUAUUCCGAUAAACGACAAAACAAGUAUAAAAAAUUGUUGCUCACGUUUCUAAAAAAUUUUAUUCGCGCGAUAUAUUAAUCGUAUAUAUAAUAUAAUCAUUUCAAAGCAACAAAAUUAAUUGACAAAUGGAACAUCGAUUUACGGUGUUUUUGCAAUGUGAAAAUUAAUUGAUAAGAAUCGACAAUUGUAAAAAAUAAGAUCGGCACAUAAUUAAAAGGCACGAAUAAAAAUAUCAA